AUGUCAUUAAAUUUAAAUUUGACAAUAGAUCAAUAUAACUAUUUAAAUAUCAAUAGUGAAUUGUUGGCGAAAUUCAAUUUGAUAUGUGAUCAGUUAUAUUCAGAUGAUAAUGAAACUAAAUUGAUUGGUUUAGCUUCACUGAGGACUAUUAUAUCAGAACCAUUACCACCGAUAGAAUUGAUUAUUAGUCAUGGUUUCAUUCAAAAGUUUAUAGGAGUACUCAAUGUUAAGGAUCCAUUAUUUUUAAGAGAACUAUGUUAUGUCAUACAAGGUAUAGCUAUAUUUGGAAAACAACAAAUAGUAGCUACCUCUGGUGCAAUCGAUAUAUUGAAAAUAAUAUUCCAGCAAACCACUUUGGAUAAUUCUGAAAAUGUCAGAGUAAAAGAUGUGGCUGUCCAAUCAAUGGGUCAGAUUGCUAUUAAUAAAAGAGAGUUGGUUUUGGAAUCAAAUCUAUUUCCUCUGCUAUUGGAUCAAUUGAAUAGUACUCCAGAAAAAAACUUUGAAACAACCGGCAAUAUGGACACUCACAACACUUUGUUAUAUCUUCAAAGUUUGCAAUCUUUGAAACAAUCGAUUUUGUGGGCACUUACAACGCUUAGCAUUGGCCAGCCGAAACCAUCGAAUCAAAAUAUAGUAGAUACAGUCGUUUCGAUCAAUCAUUUUCUUCAACAAAAGCAGCAAACCGAUGAAUAUUCGCUGAGUCUCGCACUCUGGACUGUAGCAAACCUCUCGAACAAUGCCGACCAAGAGCAAAUCGAUUUGAUCAUAAAGUCAGGAAUUGCACCUCAAAUACUACAUUAUCUGAAUAUCAAUGAAUGGAUAUAUACUACAGUCAAAGCAGCGUUGAUUUCCUUUGCAAAUCUAGUAUCGGGUUCUGAAAAAUCGACGCUAUACAUGAUCGGUUUGAAUUCUUUGCCGCUGAUAUUGAGAAUUCUUGACAGUCAAAACGAGGAGCUAGUUGUAGAAGCGAUUUGGUCGAUUACCAAUAUAUUCGGAAGUAGAUCGGCCAAUCUAAUACAGAUGGUAAUAGAUGCAGCAUUCCUACCAAAGUUUGUUGAAAUUAUGAUCAGUUCUCCAAGCAAAAAAAUCAGAAAUCAACUACUCAAUUGUUAUUUGACGUUCACCACCGACACAGCAACGCAGAUGCAAAUCGACUAUUUCAUGGUGAAUCACCAUUGUUUCUGGUAUCUUUGUCAAUUCGUUGUGGCAGAUCCACGUACCCUAAGAAACGAUCAAAUGGAUGUAACAUUAGAGAUUCUAACAAACAUUUUAAACAAACAAUUAUAUGAUAAAAACAAUAAGAUUAUCAAUAAUAAUAAUAAUAGUAGUAAUAACAAUUAUGUGAUGAUGUUAAAACAACUGAAUAUGUUAAAGAAAUUGGAAGGUGUGACUAUUAAUUAUUCAACAAAAAACACGACAAAAUUAAUAGAGGAUCUGUCAUAUACAAUAAAUAAUGAUACAGAUUCCGAAGAAGAUGAAGAUAUCAGAGCUGAUUUAUCAGAAGAUUCAAUUUUUGGUGUCGAGAGUCAGAGUUCAUAUGAUGAAGCUUAUUUUAAUGCAGAGGUUGAAGAAGACGAAGUUAGUGAAGAUUCUAUCAGUGAAGAAGAUAAUGCAGAGUUGUUGGCUAAGCUCAAUGGUUUACUUGAUAAGUUAAUCUCAACGGACGAAAAUGAGAUCUUAGAGGGUUGUGUUGCAUUAAGAAAAAUGGUAUCUUCAGCUGAUACACCACCAAUUGAUGCUGUUGUUAAUGCUGGAUUCGUUCCAAUGGUGUUGGCUAUACUCAGAGAUCAAGAUAAUCCACAGACUCAAACAGAGGCAUGUUGGAUUAUCACCAAUAUUGUAUCGGGAACAUCAAGUAAUGUCAAUACGGUCAUAGAGUUGGGUGGUCUCAACAUUUUGAAUUCUCUACUGGAUCAUCGUGAUCCUAGACUGCGAGAACAAGUGAUUUGGGCAAUUGGAAACAUUGCUGGUGAUUGUGCUUCACACAGAGAUCUUGUUCUACAAUCGAAUGUAUUGCCGCUGCUGCUGGGUGCGCUCGACAACUGUAAUCUCGCCAUGAAACGACUGCUGGUAUGGACAAUCAGUAACUUGUGUCGUGGCAAACCAAAGCCAGACUCUUACUACAUGGAACCGAUACUUCCCCAAAUGAAAGAAGUGAUUACAUACGAGACUGACCAAGCCACUCUGAUCGAUGCGCUCUGGGCACUGAGCUAUAUGUCUGACACUGCCAACGAAGAUAUUCAUACGAUUAUAAAAUCUGGAAUAGUACCUCAACUCGUUAGAUAUUUAGAUAGCAAUCAGUUGCAGCUGGUGAUUCCAGCAUUGCGUGCCUAUGGAAAUUUGGUGACAGGCGACGACAAAUCAACACUUUACAUGGUUAGUUUGAAGACUCUACCGAUUUUACUCAAACUGCUGGACAGUCCAGACAAUGACGUCCUGAAGGAAACUGUUUGGACAAUAUCGAAUAUCGUUGCCUGCCCAGCAAACAUCAUUCAACUGUGUGUGGAAGCCAUGAUUUUCCCAAAGUUGGUCAGCAUUUUCGAUAGUGUAGAUUCACAGGUUCGAAGAGAAAUCCUAUGGUGUUACUCCAACAUUGUUGAUGGUGGUGAUGCAGAACAAAUCGACUAUUUGAUGCUGAAUCUAAGGUGCUAUCGUGUGAUUUGCAAAAAAUUUGAGGAAGUUCACGACAAUUUAUUGGAGGCAGAAAUAUCAUUGGUUAUUUCAUCACUCGAAAAUGUUUUCAAACACUCAAACAAAUCAAAAGAGUAUCUAUCGAUUUUAGCGGAAUAUAACAUUGCCAAUGUACUGCUUCAUAUAUCCGAUGGUGAGAUCGACGAGCAACUUUACGAAAAGGUUGAGGUAUUCAGAAAAUUCAUUUCUAAAAAAUAA